AUGGAUAUAACAAAUUCCUUAAAGCGUUUUAUUCGUCGGCUGCUAAUUUCUGUUAGAGAACUUAAUUUAUUUUCCACAUUCGAAGAUGAUGAUUCCCAUGAACUUCGUAAUCAAAUUCUUGCUACACGUAUUUAUCUUAGUUUGUUAAUCGUUUCUGUACUAAGUCUUUGUAUUUAUACAUCACUUGUCUCAAUUACGGAAACGAUCAUUAUUGACAAACCCACAUAUAAACAAUAUCAAAAACUCAUCGAAAAUAAUCACAAUCCUCAAUGUCAAUGUAAAUACAUCUCAAUAGUUUAUGAUCAAUUUAUUGAUUUACAAGCAGUUUUUCAUCCUGUCUGUUCAUCGGAUUUUGUUAGCGACAAAUGGAUUUAUUUUCUGCAUGGUUUAGAUGACGAAUCGUAUAGCAAGACUAAAGAUUUUCAUCGCAAUGCCGUAUAUUCUUUUGGACUGCUUCGUUCCUUAUGUGAAUUGGCUAAAACAACCGUUAACGAAAAUGUCCAACAACAACUACCAUUGAAAUCUUAUAUCACCUCUCACGUCAAAGGAGUCGAUGGAUUUUUUAAAGAAAUUUUCUCAUUUCUUGACACCCUUAUUCUAACAGAAGAAACAAAGUUAACACAGUUACUGACAAUAUUCCGUCGUCUUAUCAUUACACAAGAACUCAUCUCCACACAAUCAACAAAUAUUCGGUUGUUUGCAGAAACAUCGUCCUUGAUGCCAGGACAACAGCGAAAUCCUACCGUUACAACGCGGACCUAUUAUCAUAAAAAAGUCGAAACACGCUGUGACUGCAGACGUUCCACAUGUGUUGAAGAAUAUAUACUUGAAAGUGUGAAAAAUAAAAAUAUUCUGUUCAUCAUUCCAAAUUUCUAUCAAGGUUGUUUUAUUACCGAUUCGUUACUUCAAUCGAGUCUUACUUAUUUCUACAAUAAAACAUGCAUUGAACAACUAUUAUUUCAUCUAAACUCUUCAUUGAUUAUUACUCCAAUCAAUUUAAAUUUGUCAUCAAAAAAAUUAUUAAAUAUUGACGAAACUGUUGACGAACUAAUUAAUCAUUUGAUGGUCUAUGAAUGGAAUAAAAGUAUUAGUUUUAUGAAAUAUUAUGAAUUAUGUGAGCCACUUCAAUGCAUUUACACAUAUAAUCAUCGAUUUGUUAUAACUUAUGUUAUUACCAUUCUUUUGGGUCUUCUUGGUGGUUUAGUAACUGUACUUCGAAUUUUGGUUCCAUUCGUUAUACGAAUGAUUAGAAAGAAGCGAAAAGACAAUGAUAUACGUAUCUCCAAGCGAUUAUGGUUGAAGGAGAAAAUAAAAAAUUUCAAUUUGUUCAAAUCGAUUCCACCUUCAAAAGAUUAUGAAAUCAUUUAUCCUCAAGUUGUGUCUACAUAUCUUUAUAUAAUUGUAUUUCUUUUAUCAUUUGUUGUUCUCAUCAUUUAUACAUCACUCUUAACACAAACAGUUACUGUCAUUGUUCGUUCACCAUCGAUUGAACAAUAUGAACGAUUGAAAGAUCAACAUUCGGAUACUCUUAUAUGUGAAUGUACACAAAUUUCGAUUGAUUUACAAACAUUUAUUCAGUUAUCACCUGAAUAUCAUCAAAUUUGUACGAGUAUUUAUGUCACAGAUGAAUGGUAUAACUAUUUGCGCAGUUUUACUAUUUUCAAUGGUACAUCUGAAGACAUAGGUAUACUUCCCUUUGACUUUCGUGCAACAACUGGCCCGAGUUUCUUUCGUACACUUGAGUUGUUUUGUAAGAUUGUGGAUGAUAUUAUUCAGAAUCAUCUCAAAAUAUUUAAUUCAACUAUUUAUGUCACAGGAACAGUCGAGGAAAGGUUGAAUUUUCUCGAACAACAUAAUCAAAGUGUUCAGUUAUUUAAAAGCACAAUUCAAAAUACCUUCUUCUCUUCUUUAGAAAUGUUUUUUGAUAUUUUACAUGGCAAUACUCUCUUUUCUUGGUCAAUGACAAAUCAUAUGAUAACUCUCCGGUCUUUACCAUUCUUAUCUAUUGUAAUGGCAACAAGAACUUAUGAUGAAAAUUGUGUAUGUGUGUACAGUGGUAAAACCUGCUUUGAGCCAGCACGUAUCUUCCAUCUAUAUUACAACGGUACUAAGAUCGAUCACGAACGUUGGACCGUUCCAUACAUUUACAGCGGAUGUUACAUAUUAACAGGUGUCAUGGCUUCUGAUUUACGAUGUUUAUAUCAUCCAUCAUGUCUAUCUGAAUUAAUCAAAAAUAUCCGACCAACGUACAAAAUGAAUGCUAGUCUAUUAAAAGAACAUUCAUCAACUUCGAAAUUUAACUCACGAACACCAAUUUUCUUAUUGAUUCGCGAAGCCAUGGUUGAACGAUGGAAGGAGAAUAUUAGUUAUGAGCAAUACUAUGAAAAAUGUAAUCCAAAACGAUGUACAUAUACAUAUGCACAACGAUUUCUUAUCGGUUAUAUAAUUUCAACAGUUUUUGGUAUUGUUGGUGGAUUAUCAUCGAUACUGAGAUUAAUCAUACCGAAUUUAGUACAAUUUGCCAAGAAAAUGUUGAAGAAAAUAAGAAAUGAAGAUGAUAACAAUGAUCAGGACGACGAAGAAAAUCCAAGAAACUUUAACGAUCGAUUACGCAAAUUUUCUUCGAAAAUAAUCAUAUUUAUUAAAACUUUGAAUCUUUUUCAACAUCCAUCUUCAAAAAUUCCCCCAUCAAGACCAAUUUUCGAAUAUGAAAAGGUUCUUCAAUUGAAAUUACAAAUAAGUUCCACACGUCUUUAUAUAUUUCUCUUAUUUUUCUCCUUAAUUGUGACUUCUAUUUAUGCUUUUCUACAACGAACAAAUGAAAGAAAAAUCUAUUCCAUCUCAUCUUACAUCGAAUAUGAAAAUUUACAAAAUAAAUUUCCUUCAAAUUCAUUCUUUUGUCCAUGUACAACAGUCGGAAGUGAAUAUUCGACAUUUAUUUCACUUCGACCAAAAAUUAUACAUCCAGCCUGUACGAAUUAUCUAUUUCGGGCUGCUUGGAUAGUUGAUUUCGUUAGCUUUGAAUUUGCACCAAUUGAAGAAAAUUUACGUAUAAUUUUGAUUUAUUAUUUGCCAUUAGCAUCUCAACUUUGUAUGCAAAGUCAGACAAUCAUUCAAUAUAAUGUUAAACAAUUUCUAAAUACAAUUUAUACAACAUCAUUUCUGACUAAUAGAGAAGAAUUUGAAAAAUAUUUUCAUACCCAAAUUGAACAAUUGAAACAAAGUUUACCCUCGGAACUUAAACGAAUUAUGAAAAUCAGUAGUAUUAUCACUUCAGCAAAUAGUUUGAUGAGUGCAGCAAAAACAAAUUAUGAAUGGAUGUUUAUGAGUUCCACGGGAGAACAAAUUGGUUUUCCUAUGAUUGGUGAUAUUAUUCUCAUAAGAACAAAAGUAAAAUAUUAUUCAAACCAAAAUUAUUCAUGUAAAAUCUUCUCCCAAUCCUUUAAACAACAAAUCAAUUGGCCAGGUACUACAAUUCCUAUUCCAGGAUUAUAUCUUAGUUGUUAUUUUGCCGAUGGUUUACUUCAAUCUACUUUUCAAUGUUUCUAUGAUAUCAAUUGUUUAGAAUCUUUACAAUUCUAUACAUCAUCUAUGGCUCCUAUUCAGACAUGGGUACUGCCAAUGCCAUCGAAAACUUCUCUUUAUCAAAUCAAUUCAACAGUACAAGAUUUGGUUAAUGUUUUGUUCGUUGAAGAAUGGUUUAGUCAUAUAAGUUAUGAAUUAUAUUAUCAACAAUGUCAACCAAAACAAUGUUAUUAUACAUUUAUUCGAAGAUCUACAAUAAAUUACAUUAUUAUAAUGGUAAUCACUGUUUUGGGUGGUUUACAUAAAGUAUUACCGGUAAUAAUACCCGUAUUAAUUCGAAUUUCUCACAAAAUAAUAAUCAAAUUCAAAAAGCGAAGAUUUCGUCGACAACCAAGAAAAAUCAAUCGAAUUAAUCCAAGAAUUCCAUCAUUCAUUACAUAA